UGUUGCAACGUUGCUUGCUUGGUCGAGCUUGUCGACUGUUGUUGUUUUGUAAAAACGCGCAGAACAUUGUUCAGAAUGAGUGGAAUACCUCGUGUUUACGUCGGCAAUUUGCCUCGCGACACCAGAGAACGCGACAUUGAGCGUUUCUUCAAAGGCUAUGGCUACGUCCGUGAUGUGACGAUGAAGAACGGCUUCUGUUUCGUUGAAUUCGAUGACCGUAAUGACGCCGAGGACGCCAUACAUGAUUUGAAUGGAAAAGAUUUACUUGGGAGCAGAGCCAUUGUUGAGUUUUCACGUGGCAGCGCCCGUGGUCCAGGCGGUGUACGGAUCGAUGAGCGUGGAGGUGGCGGUGGAGGAGGUCGCUAUGGUGGUGGCCGUGAUGGCCGUGAUAGCCGUGAUGGCCGUGAUGACCGAUACGGUUCCCGAGAUCCGGGUGGUCGCUCCCGCUUUGGUCCCCCCACUCGCACUCCAUACAGAGUUAUUGUGGAGAAUCUCUCAUCUCGUGUCAGCUGGCAGGACUUGAAAGAUUACAUGCGGUCAGCCGGUGAAGUGACCUAUGCUGAGGCUCACAACAGAGGUGACAGCGAGGGAAUCGUGGAGUUUGCAUCCCGUUCCGAUAUGAAGUCAGCAAUCAGAAAGCUUGACAAGACCGAGCUUAGCGGCAGGAAGAUCCGUGUCUUUGAAGACCGACCUUCUCACUCUCCUAGUCGGUCAAGGUCAAGGUCAAGGUCGAGGUCUCCUCGUCGCCCAACCCGCCGCAGUCGCUCUCGUUCGCCGCGCUACAGCCGCUCCAGGUCGCCCAGUCGCUCAGGUUCUGACCGGGAGUAGAGAUCGGAACAUUUUUCAAGUGUUUCCAGACUGCUCAUUUUUUAACAUCUCGUCCCACGGUUCUAGCUCGAGCCUCUCGAUGAAGCACAUGCCUGCAUGAAAUCUGUCCCUUGCAUUGUGGCUCUUUGCGAUUUGAGUUUGCGGAGUAGAACUGAUCAUACAACAACAGACAAGAUCCAGUCAAGUGGUGAAGUUGCUCUGCCACACAUCGGUGUACCAGCUGUAGCAACUCUAGUAAACACUGUUUUACUUUUUCUUCUAUUCUUUUUAGUGGUAGAAUCAAGCGUAUCUUUGUCCAUGUGUAGCAGUGCAACGAAUGCAGCUUCAACUACGUUGUCGUUAUUGUGCACAGGUCCUGGACUUUCAAUCACCAGGUCUACUAGACUACAACGUAACAUUGUGCCAUGUAUUCGAAUAUUUGUACUGUAUUUGCAUCUGGAUGGACAAUGGUCAUGCUGAAUGGUGUACAGCAGAAGAAUGCGCUCAUGCAUUGCCGGGUGAAGCAGA